AUGACACCACUGCAGAAGAGUGAGAGCCAGUUCCGGUGUAACAGCAACCUUAAUUACUUUCAACAAAAAGUGAAAAAAAACUUACCCAAAUUGGUGAAGGAAUGGAGGAAUGGAACUGAAGUUUAUUUUGUUAUCUUAUCUGGGAACUCACUUAUCAUAAGUUUAAUUACAGCCAACUACAGGCUCCAUUCUCCAAUGUACUUUUUCCUUUGUAACCUCUCUCUGUGUGAGGUCAUACUAACCACCGUGAUAAUACCCAACAUGCUCUACGUUGUCUGGGGAGAUGGAGGAUCCAUAUCAUUGUAUGGCUGUAUGACCCAGUUUUAUAUUUAUGCCUCAACGGGCAGUGCUGAGUGCCUUGUACUUACUGUAAUGGGUUUUGAUAGGUAUUUGGCAAUUUGCAACCCUUUGAGAUACUCUUCAGUGAUGGACAACAGAACUUGCAAUCACCUUGCAGCAUGGUGUUGGAUGUCUGGAUUCAUUGUGAUGUCCUUCUUAACCAUUCAAGUCUGCCAUUUACAGUUCUGCAACUCUCAUAUGAUUGAUCACUUAUUUUGUGAUAUAGCUCCUAUAUUAACUAUAUCUUCCAGUGAUGUCCGGAUAGCUGACGGGUCUGCCCUGGUGAUUGCCUUUGUAAUGACAAUCACACCAUUUGUAAUUAUCAUUGUGAGCUAUGUAGCCAUAUUUAUUACUAUCCUGAAAAUCCCAUCUGACUCUGGUAGACAGAAAACGUUCUCCACAUGCAGCUCCCAUCUGACAUCCGUCUGUACCUACUUUGGGACACUAUUUGUCAUUUAUCUGGUUCCAUCAGGAAGGCGCUCAAUGAAAGUGAACAAGAGUCUCUCUUUGUUGUACAUUAUGGUCACCCCAUUACUGAAUCCUUUUAUAUAUAGUCUGCGGAACCAGCAAAUGAGGGACUCUUUCAACAACUGUAUUUAUUUCUUUACUAUUUUAUUAGACAAAAAUGUGUCACUUUUUUCUGGAAAAAGACCUAUGGGUUAA